UAUUUCUUUCUCUUCUUUUCCCAGUACUGGUCCAUUUCUGAAUAGCAACAUGCACAUAGAAACCCCAGAAGCUAAUUUUGGAGAUGGUGGCAAAAACUUCGACGAUGAUGGACGAAUCAAAAGAACAGGGACAUGGGUGACUGCUAGUGCACAUAUCAUAACGGCUGUGAUAGGUUCUGGUGUUCUAUCUCUUGCAUGGGCAAUUGCGCAGAUGGGUUGGGUAGCUGGUCCUGCAGUACUCUUUGCCUUCUCGUUUAUCACCUACUUCACCUCCACUCUUCUUGCUGACUCUUACCGUUCACCUGACCCUGUCCAUGGCAAGCGAAACUACACCUAUUCUGAGGCUGUCAGAGCUAUCUUAGGAGGCAGGAGAUAUCAGCUGUGUGGAUUGGCUCAGUAUAUAAAUCUUGUAGGUGUAACCAUCGGCUACACAAUAACUGCAUCAAUUAGUAUGGUGGCGGUGAGAAGGUCGAACUGUUUUCACAAACAUGGGCAUCAAGACAAGUGCAAUAUAUCAAACAACCCUUCCAUGAUCAUUUUUGCUUGCAUCGAAAUUGUUCUUAGCCAGAUACAAAACUUCCAUAAGCUCUCUUGGCUCUCUAUCGUUGCAGCCAUUAUGUCUUUUGCUUAUUCUUCCAUUGGCCUAGGCCUAUCCGUUGCAAAAGUCGCAGGUGGGGGACAUGGACGAACAUCCGUAACUGGGGUGCAAAUUGGAGUGGACGUUACAGGUUCAGAAAAGGUCUGGAGGACGUUUCAAGCUGUUGGUGACAUUGCCUUCGCUUAUGCUUAUUCUAAUGUGCUCAUUGAGAUCCAGGAUACCCUGAAAUCAAGCCCUCCGGAGAACAGAGCAAUGAAGAGGGCAAGUUUGAUUGGCAUUACGACUACAACAUUAUUUUAUGUGCUAUGUGGGUGCUUAGGUUAUGCAGCAUUUGGAAAUGAUGCACCAGGAAAUUUCCUCACAGGGUUCGGUUUCUACGAGCCCUUUUGGCUAAUAGACUUUGCCAAUGUCUGCAUAGCAGUGCACUUAGUUGGGGCCUAUCAGGUCUUCGUGCAACCAAUAUUUGGGUUCGUUGAGAAAUGGAGCAAAGAAAGAUGGUCAGAUAGUCAAUUUAUAAACGGUGAGCACGCUUUGAAGGUUCCUCUAUGUGGAAGCUAUAACGUGAACUUUUUCAGGGUAGUGUGGAGGACUGCAUAUGUGAUUUUCACUGCUGUUAUAGCUAUGCUAUUUCCAUUCUUCAAUGACUUUUUGGGGUUGAUUGGUUCACUCUCAUUUUGGCCAUUGACGGUUUACUUCCCCAUAGAGAUGUAUGUUAAGCGAUCCAACAUGCAAAGAUAUUCCCUCACGUGGAUUGGGCUCAAGAUAUUGAGUUGGGCCUGCUUGGUCAUUUCUAUUAUCUCAGCUGUGGGCUCCAUCCAGGGACUUGCUCAGGCUCUCAAGAAAUAUCAACCCUUCAAAGCACAACAAUAGUUUCUAGUGUUACCUUGUUUUCUUUUCUUGUAACCUUUUUUUUUUUUUUUCUCUCUCUCUCUUAUCUUGAUAAGUUAUCGGCAAGUCCAUGGAUAAUGUACUGUUAU